AUGUCUUGCGUACCUGACAACUCUUGUCUCCGAAAGGCCGUCCGCCAGCAUUAUCUCAGUCUGGCCCAGGGAGACCACUGUCAGCUCACAUAUGUCUGGAUCGAUGGCUCUGGGGAGGGUCUGCGUAGCAAGUCUCGAACCAUGGAUUCCGAACCAAACAGCAUAGCUGAUCUACCGGAAUGGGAGUUCGAUGGGUCUAGUACAGGGCAGGCGGUAGGAUCUAACAGUGACAUGUUGCUCAUUCCUGUGAGCAUGUUUAGGGACCCCUUCCUUUUGGAUCCUAACAAACUGGUCCUGUGUGAGGUGGUGAAGCACACCCGGGAGCCUGCAGAAUCAAACCAUCGUAAUAGCUGUAACAAGGUCCUAGAGAUGGUCAAAGAGGACCUCCACCCCUGGUUUGGUAUGGAGCAGGAAUACACAAUUUUGGGAGUGGAUGGACACCCUUACAGUUGGCCCAGACUUGGCUUCCCGAAGCCACAAGGUCCAUAUUACUGCGGUGUUGGUGCUGACAGGGCCUUUGGCAGAGACAUUGUGGAGUGCCAUUUCAAAGCCUGUCUGUAUGCUGGCAUCAAAAUCAGUGGCACAAAUGCAGAGGUCAUGCCUUCUCAGUGGGAGUUCCAGGUGGGACCGUGUGAGGGAAUCGAGAUGGGGGAUCAACUGUGGAUGUCUCGAUUCUUGUUGCACAGAGUGUGUGAAGAUUUUGUUGUGGUGGCCACUCUUGAUCCAAAACCAAUGAAGGGAGACUGGAACGGAGCUGGCUGUCACAUCAAUGUGAGCACUGUGCACACCAGAGGAGAGGGAGGAAUUGAGCACAUUGAGCAAGCCAUCGAGAAACUGAAAAAGCGUCAUGUCGAGCAUAUUCGAGUCUACGAUCCACAUGGUGGUGAGGAUAACAAGCGACGCCUCACAGGUCUUCACGAGACCUCCAGCAUCCAUGAUUUCUCAGCAGGGGUUGCUAAUCGUGGUGCCAGCGUCCGCAUCCCCCGUCUGGUGGCGCAUAACAAAUCUGGUUACUUUGAGGACAGACGUCCUGCUGCCAACUGUGACCCGUAUGUUGUGAUCUGUGCAAUGGCCCGCACAUGCAUGCUGGAGGAGGAAGAUGAUGUGCAUGAAUUGGAAUGA